CUCACCCUGUAUAGCUGUUUUACCCUUGUACCAACCAGCCCCGAUCUACCCUAUGUACCACGUUGAAAACUCGUUAGUGCUGGCCAGUCCCACGUCUGCAUUAUAAUAAUACUAAUUAUUACAAUAACAUAAUACAUUUAUUAUAAUAAUUUAAAUCGAAGUGUGGCGCAAGUGGGGUAAAACGUAACGAUUUCGUACAUGGCGCUUGCCAGCGGUGUCAUGCCAGCGCCUGAAGUGGCAUGUGGCACGCUGGCCAGGGCCAUGCAAGCGCCCGAUCAAAAUUUCUACCAGGGAUGUGUUAUAUUAAAUUUAUAUUGAUAUUAUGUAACCGUUACUUUGGUGUUUGCUGGGUUCUCGUGACAGAGGAGCUACACAAGUGUAUCUUAGGAAGACGUGUACGAGACUGAAACAAAGGUAUUGAGAAAGAGGAAGUGCGCAUGCGCGGGGCAAAUAAAAUUUCUACCUCUUACAAGAGCUUUUCUUUUUAAACACGCAUUAAAUAAUUUUCUUGAGUGUUAAGUAAUGGCUCUAUUAUGGACAUAGUUCGUAAAGAACGCUUCUACAUUAUAAAUAUACAUAUAUCUACUCGCAAUAGGGUAUAAUAGUCCUUUAUGUAAAUUGCGACAUUUGUAUGAAAAUUUAUUUUAGAAGGGGGAAUGUCAAUCAAUAGAAAAAAGAAGGGAUAACGCAGGUCAUCAGCGUCUUUACAUUCAGUUGCGUCCCCAACUGCAUACAGAUAUGAUCCGAAUAGGAGAUCAGUAUCUUAGCGUAAAUAAAAUUUUAUUGCUCACUAUCGGCUUAUGGCCCUAUCACCAAUCCACCUUCACUACAUUUCAAUAUAUAAUCAUCUUUAUUAUAUUGAUAGGGCUUAUUAUAUUUCAGCUAACCACGUUUUUAACAUUAAAUUGUACUACGGAGCUCUUCGUAAAAGUUUUGUCUUCUACGUCUCUCUUCGUUGUUUAUAUCAUAAAUUAUAUCACGUUCCGAUGUAACAUCGAAAAUGUGAAGGAUUUACUGAUGCACCUUCAGCAUAUACAUAAUAAAUUAAAGGAUAAAAAUGAAAUCGCUAUCAUAAAAAAAUAUGACUACAUAGCAAAAUGUUAUACAGUUAUACUUCUAACAUUGGGAUUGAGUGGAAUAUUUGUUGGUGUGAUAAUUCAAUAUUGGACAAUUAUAGUUGUUAUUGCUUUACCAGCAAACGAAUCUCGGUCAUAUUAUCUUAUCUUUAUGAUGGAGUACUUUAUCGAUCAGGAAAAAUAUUUAUAUUUGAUUUUAAUGCACCUGGGCGUAGCUGUUUCUGUUGGGAUGAUUAUAAUAUUAGGAUGUAAUACAACACUACUUGCAUGUAUUCAUCAUAACUGUGGAUUGUUUAGAAUUGCUAGUUAUCGUCUCGAGCAUGCUAUAAAUAUAAAUAUUCGGCAAAAGAUAACGUUCGAGAAUAUGAUUUUGAUGACCGAAGGUGUAAUUUAUGCCGUCGACAUUCACCGGCAAGCUAUAAAACUGAACAAACACUUAAUGUCAAUAUUCGAGAUAAUGCUGAUGUGUUUCUUAUUGUGUUUUGUGGCUUGUUUAAGCCUCAAUUUAUUUCAAGUAAUAAUGUCUGAAAAUAUCAUAAACGUCAUAAUACCAAUUGGAUGUGUAUUAGUGUGUAUCACGUUUAUGUUUUUCUGCAAUUUUCUGGGGCAAAUUGUAACUGACCACAAUAAUUGCGUAUUCACUACUGCAUAUAACGUCCAAUGGUAUAAAACUCCGUUACAUAUACAGAGAAUGAUAUUGUUCCUGUUGCAAACAGGAAUAAAGGAACUGUAUUUAAAUGUUGGUGGUGUAUUUGAUGCGUCUAUUGAGGGUUUUGCUACGCUGAUAAAGGCCUCGAUAUCUUACUUCACUGUCAUAUAUUCUAUACAAUAAAUACGAUCGAUUUUAGUAACACCGUAGUAAGGACAUUUAAGCUUUUUAUUUAUGACAGUAUUUUCGCUUCAAAGAUGUAGACUUUGUUUUUGCAAAUAAGAUGUGUUGUUACAGAAAACUAUUGAAGCUAUUCAAUAGUUAUCAAAGACUUAUUACUUUAGAUUUUUGCGAUACAUCGAAAUUGGACAUUUAUACUCGCUGUAAUUCAAAUAUAAACAGUGUCUAAACAUUUAAAUAUGUUUUAAUGCUUUUAGAUGGUCCUAAUUUUCUUAUGCACAGCUUAUAACUAUCCACAGAACAAUGGAGAUCUGUCCCAAGUAGCACAUGAGGUUUUAAAACAGCUACGAUAACAUUUUCGCAGCUUAAACCGCAGCAUUUUUGUCUAAGACAGCUUUUGUCACAACAUCAUUGAUAUGUUUUGGCAAAGUUAUAGCAGCAAAAAUGGGACAACAUUUUUAGACUUUGAAAACGAUGUCGCAACCAUUUGGCUGUACAACUAUUUUGCUGUAAUAAUGUUGUAAUAACCACACACUACACCAGUCGGAAUAAAGAUAAACUAAAAUUAGCGAAGAAUAUUUUUUAUAUGUUAAUUAAUAUUCAAUAAAAUAUGCAAUAAAAAUUAAAUUUUAAUUCUAAAUUGACAAAAAGUAAAAAAAAUAAAAAAUUUUUAAUGUUUUAAUUCAACGAGGAUUGAACCUGGACAACCUGGAACUUUCACCAAACUUAAAUGUAGAUCAUAUUUAUAAAAAAAAUCAAUUAUUACUAAUUAACAAUCUAUAAUAUACAUAUAAGUAUAUUAGCGCGGACGCAAAUUCAUAAGUACACUGAUUAUAUAGAACUACAUACAAAUCCUUAUAUGUAUAUUAAUUUUAAAGCCGCAUAAAUGAACGCAUGGGUCCGCUUGACCACCGCUGAUACAUGCUAAAUAUAACAUAAAAUUGAUUGUCACGUUUACUUUGUUUUCGUUGUGAUAUACAAAUUACAGCUAGAUUCCAGCUAUUUGGCUGUACUUUUUAUUUUUCAUCCAACAUUGUAACUUUUUCAAGAUUAGAGUCCACAACAUUAGUUUUGUUCAUACGAUGUUCAACUUUUCUAUAAAACGUACUACUCUUUCUAAAUUUUUUUAACUUUUGCAAAUCGCUCAAUAGUGUUCUUUCCAUCUUGGAGAAUUAAAGACAACUAUCCACAAUUUCUACAUAACCCUAAAAUGGCUGAUGCUAGGUUUGAUUUUUUAAAUAGUCGUCAUAAUACUUUUACCACCAUAAUACAGCUAAAAUAGCUGUGGCUGAAUUUUUAUUUUGUUAUUGCUAUCACAGCGAUUUUAUGCCAAUUAGAGCAGCUAAAAUGGCUGCAGCUAGUUUUGGUUUUUCUGAUAGCUAUAACAGCGACUUUACAGCUAUUAAUACAGCUAGAAUAGCUAUGGCUAUAUUUUUACUUUUUUAUUAGCUGUUACAACGCUUUUGCAAUUCAAAAUCCAGCAAAAUAACUUAUGUUGCCAAAUAGCUAUAAUUAAGGCUGGCAAGACGUUAUACUAGUAACAUUUUUGCUGCCGCAGCAAAUAUAGCGAGACUGUAUUACUUGGGGUAGGAUCUACUCAGAUCGUCGAUAUACGAAAUAUAUUUCAUUUUUCUGAAAAUAAAAUGAAAGUACCCAGACAGCACACAGUAUUCGUAAAAUAUGCGUGAAACAUUUUAAAGAUUUAUCUUAAUCCUUAAUAAAUAUUUCAUAAAUAUAUUUGUAGAUUGA